AUGGGGUGCGCGAUCAGCGCCGACGACAAAAAUGCAAAGGACCGCUCGAAGCAAAUCGACAAAAAGCUCAAAGACGACCAUGACAAGGCGGCGCGAGAAGUCAAAUUGCUCCUGCUCGGUGCAGGCGAGUCCGGCAAGUCCACCAUCGUCAAACAAAUGAAGAUUAUCCACGAAAAUGGAUACUCUGCCGAAGAUUGUCAGCAAUACAAAGCCGUCGUAUACAGCAACACACUGCAGUCAAUGAUCGCCAUUGUGAAAGCCAUGGGCAAUCUGAAAAUAAAUUUUGCCGAAGCAGAACGAGCGGAUGAUGCUAGACAAUUGUUUGCGCUGGCGUCUACGCUCGAGGAUGGCGAAAUGACACAGGAACUUGGCGAUUGCAUGUGGCGCUUGUGGCAGGAUAACGGCGUCCAACAGUGCUUCAGUCGAUCUCGCGAAUAUCAACUCAACGAUUCUGCUCAAUAUUUUUUGGGAAACCUCAAAAGACUUUCACAAAAAGACUACGUGCCGACGGAAGGGGAUGUGCUCCGCACCCGGGUUAAAACCACCGGUAUCGUGGAAAUGAACUUUACCUACAAAAAUUUAACCUUCAAGAUGUUCGACGUUGGAGGACAGCGCUCAGAGCGUAAAAAAUGGAUCCACUGCUUCGAGGGUGUCACAGCAAUUAUUUUCUGUGUCGCAUUAUCCGCGUAUGAUUUAGUGCUCGCUGAAGAUGAAGAAAUGAACCGAAUGCACGAGUCCAUGAAGCUCUUUGACUCGAUAUGCAACAACAAGUGGUUUACCGACACCUCGAUAAUUUUGUUCUUGAACAAAAAGGAUCUCUUCGAGAAGAAGAUCUCAAAGUCACCCCUUACGAUUUGCUUCCCUGACUACACAGGUCAGGAUACUUACGAGCAAGCUGCUGCCUACAUCCAAAUGCAAUUCGAAGACCUCAAUAAGCGCAAAGAAUCGAAAGAGAUCUAUACGCACUUUACCUGCGCCACAGACACGAAUAAUAUUCAGUUCGUGUUUGACGCUGUCACCGAUGUCAUCAUCAAGAACAACCUGAAAGAUUGCGGUCUAUUCUAA